UGGUGUGCGUGUGUGUAGUGUGUACUAGCACGCCGAGCGACGUGAACUGAGGACUCAGUAUUUCAGUUGAACGCGUCCGGUGAUGAUCCAUCGGUGACUCCCGAAAUCAAAUUUUUUUUUUUAAAUCGGAGAAUAAUAAUCGUAGUUGGACAAACAAGUACGAAAGCAGCGCGCGUGUUCGUCUCGGUGAUUUCAACACGGAAACACGAAAAGCCGGUGGCCAAGUGAUGGCAGUUGGCCGAUUAUCGACAUGAAUCGGGUUAUUGCCAAAUUUCCCACGUUCCGCACCGAGAGUCUCCACUUUGCCGUCUUGUUUCGACAUCCAAUAUAAAAGACAACAAUCCGACACGGCACCAAGGACUGCAAACAAUCACCGCUGAGCCGCUUAUCGUCGGUGUGUCGCUUCGUUAGACCAGCCGCCGUUGUUGCAUCGUCAUGGCUCUGUCCUGUUUAGCCGGCGCCAAUCCCGUUCUACCCGUCAACUCUAGAACUUCAUGUCCCGUAGGCGGAUCAGCGGCUUCCGGCCGCAACGGGGGCGUCAUCAAGACGGAAGCGGCAAGCGUCGAGGCGAUGCUGGACACUCAAUGUAACGGCGAUCCGAACAACAGUUCGGGCGCCGGCAGUGGCCACCAAUCCAAUCCUGGAACGCCUUCGCCCAUCAACAGCAGCAACGACGGACCAAUUGGCAAUGGCCGUUCCAGCAGCGCUUUAUCGGCUCCGUCACCCGUCGGCGCCAAUCUGUCCAUGCCCCUCUUUUCUCACCAUCAUCACCACCACCACCACCAACAGCAGCAGCAGCAGCAGCAACAACAACAACAGCAGCAACAACAACAACAUCAAGCUGCUUUGGCGGCGGCCGGAAUCUUCCGGGCCGCCAGUUUGGCUCAAUCUUAUCCCGCCGGAAUGGUCGGACAACUCGGCCCGCAUUCUCACCAUUUGCCCAGUUUGAUGGCCAGUCUUCAGGCCGUCGCUUCGGCCGGCGUUGGCGGGGUGCCGCUCCACCAUCACCACAACAACCGAGCGGCGGCGGCGGCGGCCGCUUUGGGUGGACUUUUGCCCGGCGUGGCGUUGCCGUUCAGUUUCCCGUCCAUGUCGCAUCAGCAUCAGAGCGCGUUGCUCAACUGGUCGAAAUUGGCGCAAAGCGCCGCAGCCGCGGCCGCCCUCGGCGUCGACGGACUGGGCUCCAUCAUCCAGCAACAACAGCAGCAGCAACAACAACAACAACAACAGCAUCUCCUUCACCAACAGCAGCAACAACAGCAGCAGCAGCAACUGUCGCCCGACUCGUCGUCGAAUCCGGUGCGCAAAAAGAGCAGCAACAACAAUAGGAACAACAACCACAACAACACUGGCCAGCAUCCGCUGGUGACGACCGGCUGCUACACGGGCGGUUUGAUUGUUUCGCAUCACGCCGAUCACGUCCUGCCGUCGGUCGUCCAUCAGCUGACGAAGAACAACUCUAAGAGCGGCAACAACAAGACGGGCAGCAACAAGCCGGUUAAGGCGGCCGUGGCCCGUCGCAACGCCAAGAACAGCAGCAGCAGCAGCAGCAGCGGUGGCAGCGCCAUGCGCGGCCGUGAGCAACAGACGCCGCUGCACAACUUGCAGGACCACCAUCUUUUGCUGGCCGCCGGAGAGGACAACCACCAACAACAUCACCACCACCACCACCUCAAUCACCAUUUGCAUCAUCACUUGGCCAGCACGCUGAUCGGCAUGAAGCCGGCCGAUUUGAUCAUGACGUCCGACGCCGAUCCGAUGGUCAGUCCGGCGGCCAGCAGUUCGCCCCCGUCCGUCAACGGCUCGAGCGGCAGCCACAGCAGCCGCAGCUCGGUCAAAUCUGGGCUCAAUCAAAUGUGCUCGGGUCCGGCUUCUGCUGCCGGCCAGCCGGCCAACAGCUCGAGUCAAGGUGGCCAGCCAGCGGACAGCCGGAGCGUGUCGUCGGCAGUGGACAACGUGUCGCUGUCUUCGUCUUCGGCCCAGCAGCAACAGCAACAACAACAGCAACAGCAACGGGACAAGGUGUUUAGCUGCUCCAUCUGCCAUCGGACGUUCGGCUACAAGCACGUCCUGCAGAAUCACGAACGGACGCACACGGGCGAGAAGCCGUUCGAGUGCAAGCAGUGCGGCAAGCGGUUCACGCGCGAUCACCACCUCAAGACGCACAUGCGGCUGCACACGGGCGAGAAGCCGUACAAUUGCACGCACUGCGACCGCCAGUUUGUGCAGGUGGCCAACCUGCGGCGCCACUUGCGCGUGCACACGGGCGAGCGGCCGUACGCUUGCGAGCUGUGCACGUCGCGCUUCUCCGACUCGAACCAGCUCAAGGCCCACAUGCUCAUCCACAAAGGUGAGAAGCCGUUCCAGUGCCAGCUGUGCUCCGGCAAAUUCCGCAGGAGGCACCACCUCAUGCACCACAAGUGCCCCAAGGAUGUCAACGGACUGGCGGCGGCGGCGGCCAACGCCAGGCCGCUGGGGCUGGGGCUGGUGGCGGCUAGCCGGACGACGCCCACGGUCAAAAUGAUGGCCAUGACGAAGGACAUUCAUCAUCUGGUCGACGACGAUUUGGAGAGCGAGCCGCCACCGACUCCGUCCAGUUGUUACGCCAGUCCGCCGGAUGAGGACGACGAAGAUUUGGACGAGGAAGAAGAUUUGGUCAUGCCGUUGAUGAAGCAGCAACAACAACAGCAACAGCAACAGCAACAGCUGAAGGCGGUGAGUCAGACGGGCGGAAAUCGAGGACGGAAACCGCGCGAGACUCGGCGAGUCAUCCGGCCAGCCGCAAAUGGCAAGGGCGGAGGUGGCAAAAACGGACAAGCCGUUGGUGGUGGGUCUACCACUCCGCAAGGGCCCGAGCAGACGGAACCGGAGGACUUGUCGACGUCGUCUCGCAUGCGGCACGCGUCCACGUUCAGCGUCGGAUCGACGGGCGGAUGGAGCGCCGCCGGGUCGGUUUCGAUCGAUUUGAAUUCGGAUCGCGACGACGACGUGGAGGACGACGACGAGGUCGACGGCGUCGAUGCGCUUCUGGUCGAAGCUCAUCACCACGACAUGGACGACGAAGACGACGACCUGUCCGACACGGCCGAUCUCAUCCAGCACCAGCGCAAGAAGCGUCGCAACGCCCUCGAUCUCGUCCACGCCCGCAACACUCAGGUGGCCAAGUAAAAUUUCAAACAAAAAAAAAGGCAAAAAAAAAAAAAACGUUACGUUUCACUAUUAAUCGCAACCAAACCAACGGAACAACAUUCGCUUUAUAUCAAAUUUUACUUUCGAGUAAACAACUUCUUUUUUUUUUUUUUGGAUUUCCUACACCAACGACAGGGUUUUUCUCUUUUCAACAAUUUCGAACUUUAUAGUGUCGUGAAUUUAUCGUGUUUUUUUUUUUUUGUGUGUGUGUGUGUCUGCCCGCCAUUGUUGUGAACAAUUUUUCAUUCUCUUUUUCUUAUUCAUUCUUGCCCUCGUUUUUUUUUUCUUUUCUUUUUUUUUCGUGAGACAAACGGGUAAAUUUGCGCGCUGAUUCCGCCCAGAAACAUUUCCCAACCCCAACUUUUUUUUUUUUCACGUUCCGAACAUAAAAAAAAAAAAAAAAAUCCCCGCCCUCCCUUUUUGAUUUACGGGUUGUUGUCGUUCAUGUCAAAUUGAAUGCCGUUUUUUUUCCUUUUCCCCCUUUGCCCCCCCUCCAUCUCCUCCCUAAACACACAGACACACAAAACAUGGACACAUCAGCCUUAUAUAUAUACAUAUGACAUAGCAUCUAUUAUAUAAUUACGUCGGGUGUUCCAGAGAGAAAGAGAAAAGAGGAGUUUAAAAAAAAAAAAAAAAAUGAUAAUAGAACAACGGCCAGCCCUUUUUUUGAAUCACACGCAUAACCAACAUAACUCUUCCCCCUCUUUUUUAUUUUGUUUACCAUCAGUUACAUUGUUUUUGUUUUUUUCACGUUCAUUUUUCUUUUUUUUGGAGAGAGAGAGAGAGAAUCAUUGACCACCCGGAACAACGGUAGCGUUUUUUGAAAAAUGUUUUGGACAAGAACAAAAAAAAAAAAUCCUUCCCAGUGAAACAAACAAAAGAUUUUUGAAAAAAGGAAUUGUGUAAAGUUCCAGCAGCAACAACAACAUCAACAGGAAUGGAGAGAGAGAGAGAGAGAGAAAUGCGCAACGGGUGGUUCCGAUUCGGUCAACAAUGUGGCCAAUUCAAAAAAGGAAUGAAACGUAUGAAAAAAUCAGAAAGAAAAAAAAGAACGUAACAACGGAAGAAAUUGUGACAGUUUGUGAAUGUGAGUAAAAAUUCGGCAAGCCAAACGAACCCAUUUGGAUGGAUUUGUUUUGUUCCCAACCCUCUUUUCGCCUUUGGCUAUUUUUUUUUUUUGCUUACGUGUGUUCCAGUUGCGCACUUUUUUUUUUUUUUACUUAAAUUUUGAGAUCAAUUGUAACAGAGAGAGACACGCAUCGAAAAGAGAUGAAUGACUAGGCUUUUCUUGUUGCAUUCUUGUCCUACACUGGACGUUUUUGAUGUGCAUUGUGCUGUUUGCGAGAAAAUGGUCCACCGGCCAUUUUGUUGCGUGUGUUUCGUUUGGACCAAUCCUUCACACACUCUCCCCUCCCUGUUAAUCGUUUCUCCGCGAAAGAAAGAAAAGAAAGAAAGAAAAAAAAUGGGCACUAUUACCUUGUGAAAUUAUUUCUAAAAUAGAUGGCGGAGAUUUUGAAAUCAAAAAUAAGGGCGCGGUUAAACUUGAGAUUUUUCUUUUUUUUUUUUUUUUGAAUAAUUCAGAUGUUAGAAUUAUAUUGAAUUUCUUAUAUACAAAAUGAUGUGUACGUCUUCCUAGCAACGAAAGAAAAACGACAGUUCCUCUUUGUUUCUGGUGCGGCAACGUCGACAUUGACGUUGCGCAAACCUGAAAGCCACACACCCAAGUUCCUAAUAAUUCCUUAAUGUGAAACAACAAAAAAAGGGAAAAGUUGAUAAACGUAAAAUUGAUAGACAUGUUUUUUUUUUUUAAUUAUUAAUCUUCAAUUCAUAAUUAUAAUCUAAUAAGAUUUAGAGCAAGCGGUAAUGAUGUUUCUCUCUCUUAAUAUUUACGUCGUGUCAUGAGAUAAUGAUCAACGCGCACCUCAGGGUUUUUUCCUUUUAUUUUUCUCUUCCUCUUUUUCCUUUUACACUUGACUUUAUUUUAUUUUGAUUUUUGAAAAUCAUUUCUGUCUAUGUGUGAUUGCAUCAUAGUUAUAUUUUACCCCCUCCAGUUCCCCCCGCCAACUUGAUUUGUGUGUUCCCUCUAUUCGAUUUGCCCAAUUACUACGUACACUGCUAAUCUUUCAUUAUGCAUUCGACCUUCUAUUUUAUUUUAGUUUUUUUUUUGUUUUAAUUAUUUUCAAUUACGGGUAUUCAGUUGGUUUUGAAUUUUGUUUUCGUUAAUCGUGCGUGUGUCUUUACUGUGUUCGUCUUUAAAAACUGUGUGAUUCGUGUCAUUUUUUUCUAUAUUUUUUCAAUGAUCACAUUUAUCGUUUCUUUUUUUGUUUUUUAUUUUGAUUAAUUGGGUGUGGAAAAGGAGAGGAGAGACUCUAAAGAAAUGUGGUAUGGCCGGCCCUUUGGAACCAAAACAAAACAAAACCGUCAUAGCCGUCAUUUGGAUGAAAAUCCGGUGAUGAUGUUGUUGUUGUAAUAACGUUGGGAAAGGUGUAUGAAAAGAUUUUUUUUUUCUUUUUUUUUUUUUGCAAGAAAAAUUAAGGAAACGAUCACACAUCAGGCAGUUAUUUAUUUUUAUUUUAUUUUUAUUAUUAUUAUUUUCAGGUCAUUUUUUGUGGGGGCGAGUUAUUAGGGAAAAAUCAACGGAGUUUGCGAACGGAAGGAAGUGCAUUUCGUAGCGUUCGGGAAAUUAUGUUGAUUGAUAUUUAAACAAAACAAAAAAGAAGAAGAAGAAACUAGGGAGGGUUUUCUCGCGUCCGCCAAAAAGAAAGAAAAAAUAUGUCUUUUCAAUGCACGAGUUUUCGUUGAUUUCAAAUGAAUUUUAAAACAAAACAGGGUCAAAAAAACACAUUUUCAUCCAACAAAAUUAAUGACUGCCCCCCUUUUUUCUUUUUUUUUUAAUAUUUUCUGUUUCAAAUAUUUUUGGAUUUUCUUUUGAAAUUGUGUGUGCGUCCAAAAAUGAAGUUGAAUCGUGCCUGCUGCUGCCUGCCUGUGUUUUUCGUUGUACAGUUCUUUCUAUGAAAAUUCUUUUUUUUUUUUUUUCCUGCCCCUACGCCACGACCUAAAUCAUCACCUCAUUUCUAAGGAAACAAAUUUGAAUCCUAUUAAAAUUUGUAUGUGACUUUUUGUCUUAUUGAAGAAGAAGAAAAAAAACUAACUAACCAACUAUAUCUUCUCCCCCCCCCCCCCCCCAAAAAAAAAUUUUUUUUGUUUCACACACACACAGCAUCUUUCACUAACCGAAUCAAAAUUAGUACGUAUACGUCUCCUUUUUAUUAUUGUGUAAUAAUAAGUCACGUGACCUUUUUUUUUCCCCUUUGGAGGAAAAAGAAAAACUUUGAAAAUUAACGAUGAAAAAAAAAUCACAAAAAAAAAGAAGAAAUUCGUGUUUGUUUGUUUUCAACCCCCUAUUUCGAUUUAUUAAUUACUAAUAAUUAAAAUAAUAAUAAUAAAUAAAUAAAUAAAUAAAAAGAUUAAAAAAAAAAACGACAAAAGCAAACCAACGGUUCCUACAGGGUGUGUACGUUUUGUUUCAUCGUUUCUGGUUUCAACACGCGUGUGUUUGUAUUUGUACGUGUAACGUGAGUGUACCUUGGAUGCGACCAAGUUCCCUUUUUUUUUUUUUCUUUCUUCGUAUUUUUUUUUUCAUUCAAUUCCCCACCGCCAUAUUUGCUCUUUUGUUACAUCAUCCUUUUUUUUUUUUUUUAAACCGACCACGACCAAAUUCUAUAAUAACCUUCACACUACUACCUCAUACAAUUUUUUUCAUCUUCUCCCCCUACUGUGUAAAUGCUUGUUGUUGUAUCCCACCCCAUAGAUUGAUUAGUCGGAUCACGAGGAUAUCAAGACCAGAAGCUCUUUUUUUAUUUACCCUCUCUUUUGUGUGUAUCCGAAAUUUUUUUUGGCUCCCCCCUGCUAUUAUAUAACUUACCCUCCUUGACACUAUGGGGAAGAAAGAAAAAAAAUAUGGAGGAAGAAAAAAAAAAAACUACACUCUACAAUACAAAAAAAAAAUAAAAUCUAAAAAAAAAAAAAAAAA